AUGCUGGGAGGUGUAGGAGGCCGGCAUGUGUCUACGCGUCGGCGAGGCAGUAGCCCGCUGGUGCGUGCAGGUGCAGGCCUCAAUCCACAUGGCCCACCUGGGGCCUCAGGGGACAAUAAUGUAUUGUCCUUACCUGAUGGAGCACCGAGAUACACGCGGAGACGAAGAGCUGUUACCACCAGUGACCACAAAAGCUGCGCACUCAUACAGACUCGUCUUAAGCUCGGUGAUAUUAUGUUGGCAGCAGCGCAAGAGGCGGCACAAAGGGAUCCUGGAUACGCGAGUCAGUACAGGAGAAGGCAGAGGUCGGCCGGACUGAGUGGUCUCGGUGACUGGGCUAACUUUGGAGGGGAGUCACCUGGUCUGGAGGUCAUGCCGGCAGGCCGGGAUCAAGGAGGAGGGGCGGGUGCCGGCGGGGGCACAAAAGGACCCUCGUCGUUGUUUAUCCUGUCGGAGGACAACUGUAUACGUAAGCACACCCGUUUUAUAAUCGAGUGGCCGCCCUUCGAGUACGCCGUCCUACUAACCAUCAUCGCCAACUGCGUGGUGCUCGCCCUCGAGGAACAUCUGCCGAAGCACGACAAGACCAUCCUAGCCCAAAAGCUCGAGUCAACGGAGAUAUAUUUUCUCGGAAUUUUCUGUGUCGAGGCAAGUCUUAAGAUCCUGGCGCUUGGUUUCGUUUUACAUCGUGGGUCUUAUCUUCGCAACAUCUGGAACAUCAUGGAUUUUUUUGUCGUCGUCACUGGGUUCAUCACGGUGUUCCCGCAAGGUGUGAGUAUGGAGAUGGAUCUGCGUACGUUGCGUGCAAUACGUGUGUUGCGACCGCUCAAACUAGUCUCCGGCAUCCCAAGUCUCCAGGUGGUGCUCAAGUCUAUCAUCAAAGCUAUGGCACCGUUGCUACAGAUUGGUUUGCUGGUACUUUUCGCUAUCGUGAUAUUUGCCAUUAUCGGGCUCGAGUUUUAUUCGGGUACUUUACACAAAACAUGCUACAGUAUAGAAGAUCCUAGUAAAAUAGUAAAGGAAGGUGAUCUAGCAAGUCCGUGUAAUACAGAUUAUAAGCCAGACGCACCUGCGGGUGCACACGUAUGCGAUCCGGAUGUGUCAGUGUGCAGAGAAAAUUGGGAGGGACCAAACGAGGGUAUCACAAGCUUCGAUAACAUCGGCUUCGCCAUGCUCACCGUCUUCCAGUGUAUCACUAUGGAGGGCUGGACUGCCAUAUUGUACUGGACGAAUGAUGCUCUCGGUAGCUAUUUCAAUUGGGUAUAUUUUAUACCAUUGAUCGUCCUCGGAUCUUUCUUUAUGCUGAAUCUAGUUCUCGGAGUGUUAAGCGGAGAGUUUGCAAAGGAAAGAGAAAAAGUGGAAAACCGUCAGUCGUUUUUAAAAAUGCGUAGACACCAACAACUAGAGAGAGAACUUAAUGGCUACGUCGAGUGGAUCUGCAAAGCAGAGGAAGUCAUACUUGCUGAAGAGAGGACUACAGAAGAAGAAAAAAUGCAUAUUAUAGAAGCGAGAAGAAGAGCCAUGAAAGCACAAAGAAAAAAGUUAAAAAAUCUUGGAAAAAGUAAAAGUACAGACACUGAAGAAGAAGAUAAUGAGGACGAUCAAGGCGAUGGGUUCUCGAGAGCUUCGUAUCUCAGGUCGAGGGUCAAGAACCAGGGCGCUUGCCUUCAAUUCUGGCGAGCGGAGAAGAGAUUUAGGUUUUGGAUACGGCACACUGUCAAAACGCAGUCAUUCUACUGGUUCGUCAUUGUUCUUGUGUUUUUCAACACAGUCUGCGUUGCUGUUGAGCACUACGAUCAACCACAGUGGCUUAGUGAUUUUCUUUAUUACACCGAGUUUGUAUUUCUCGGACUCUUCAUGUGUGAAAUGUUCAUAAAGAUGUACGCCCUGGGACCACGCAUAUACUUCGAAUCAAGUUUCAAUAGAUUUGACUGCGUGGUAAUAUGUGGGUCGAUAUUUGAAGUGAUAUGGUCGGCGGUUAAAUCCGGCUCAUUUGGUCUCUCCGUCCUGCGUGCCCUGCGACUCCUUAGGAUAUUCAAAGUGACGAAAUACUGGGCGAGUCUUAGGAAUCUCGUAAUAUCGCUGCUCAACUCGAUGCGCAGCAUCAUUUCCCUUCUAUUCCUUCUCUUCCUCUUCAUUCUCAUAUUCGCCUUACUCGGCAUGCAACUAUUUGGCGGUCAAUUUAACUUUCCGACAGGCACACCGCCGACAAACUUCAAUACUUUUCCUAUCGCAUUGCUAACUGUCUUCCAAAUCCUGACCGGUGAGGACUGGAACGAGGUAAUGUAUCAAGGCAUUGAAUCUCAAGGUGGACACAAAAAAGGAGGGAUGAUUUACUCGUUGUAUUUCAUCGUCCUUGUACUCUUCGGUAACUACACUCUACUUAACGUAUUCUUGGCUAUCGCUGUCGAUAAUUUGGCGAACGCACAAGAACUAACAGCAGCCGAAGAGGGUCAAGAGGAAGAGGACAAGGAGAAACAGAUGCAAGAACUCGAAAAGGAAAUGGAAGCUCUGCAAAUGCCUGACGGUACUGGGCCAAAAGUUGAAAUAUCACCCAAUAGUUCGUCGCAAAAUUUAGGUGGUAAGGGAGAAAAACAGGCGUCCGAAGAGAAAAAACAGGAGGACGACGAAGACACGGGACCAAAACCAAUGCUGCCAUAUUCCUCCAUGUUUAUAUUAUCUCCGACAAACCCUAUAAGGAGAGGUGCCCAUUGGGUCGUUAAUCUUCGGUACUUCGAUUUUUUCAUAAUGACCAUAAUAUGUUUGUCAAGUAUAGCACUUGCGACAGAGGAUCCAGUUGACGAAGACUCGUUAAGAAAUACAGUGUUAAAUAACUUCGAUUAUGCUUUCACGGGCGUCUUUACGAUAGAGAUGAUACUCAAGGUCAUUGAUCUGGGUAUUAUUCUCCAUCCCGGCUCGUAUUUACGCGAGUUCUGGAAUGUUAUGGACGCAGUGGUCGUAAUAUGUGCCGUUGUAUCAAUGGGUUUUGAUAAAGCGGGUCAUUCAGCGGGUCAAAAUUUAUCAACAAUUAAAUCAUUACGUGUAUUACGUGUGUUAAGACCAUUAAAAACAAUAAAACGUGUGCCGAAACUAAAAGCAGUGUUUGAUUGUGUCGUUAACAGUUUAAAAAACGUCAUUAACAUUCUCAUCGUGUAUAUAUUGUUUCAAUUUAUCUUUGCUGUAAUAGCGGUACAAUUGUUCAAUGGUAAAUUUUUCUACUGUAACGACGAGAGCAAACGUACCAAAGAAGACUGCCAGGGUUCGUAUUUUGUCUUCGAGGAAGACUCAUUACUGCCGCAAUCGAGAAACCGAACAUGGCAGCCACAAAGUUUUCAUUACGACAAUGUAAUGGCCGCAAUGUUGACCCUAUUUGCUGUACAAACUGGUGAAGGUUGGCCGCAAAUUCUUCAACAUUCAAUGGCUGCAACUCACGAGGACGAGGGUCCGAUUCACAAUUUUCGUAUCGAAAUGUCCAUAUUUUACAUUGUAUACUUCAUUGUAUUUCCAUUUUUCUUCGUUAACAUAUUCGUCGCUUUGAUUAUUAUUACAUUUCAAGAACAGGGUGAGGCUGAGUUACAAGAUGGUGAAAUAGAUAAAAAUCAGAAAUCGUGUAUAGAUUUUACAAUAGGGGCGAGACCUCUCGAAAGAUAUAUGCCGAAUAAACGUAAUAGUGUAAAGUACAAAAUAUGGAAAAUCGUGGUGUCAACGCCAUUCGAAUAUUUCAUCAUGAUACUCAUCGUUUUAAAUACACUCCUACUUAUGAUGAAGUAUCACGAGGCGCCUCCGGUUCUCUUGGACAGCUUGACCAUUGUGAACAUAGUCGUCACUCUUCUUUUCUUCAUUGAGUGCAUCCUUAAAAUCAUCGCCUUUGGAUGCAAGAAUUUCUUCAAAGAUCCGUGGAAUAUAUUCGACUUAAUUACCGUCAUUGGAAGUAUCGUGGACGCUCUUGUUGUGGAAUUCGGGGAAAAUUUCAUCAACGUCGGGUGUCUUAGGCUCUUUCGUGCUGCUAGACUGAUUAAAUUACUCAGACAAGGAUAUACAAUACGAAUUUUACUUUGGACUUUCGUACAAUCCUUUAAGGCAUUGCCUUACGUAUGUCUACUUAUAGCGAUGCUUUUCUUCAUUUAUGCAAUUAUCGGAAUGCAGGUUUUUGGAAAUAUUGCGUUGGAUCCCGAUACCUCGAUAUAUGAACACAAUAACUUUCAAAGUUUUAUACAAAGUCUAAUGUUACUAUUUCGGUGUGCGACGGGUGAAUCGUGGCCAAGCAUUAUGUUAUCAUGUAUAAAAGAACGCAAAUGUGAUCCAAGAGCUAAACCAUCACCCGAAGGAUGCGGUUCAAAUUUAGCUUACGCUUAUUUUGUAUCUUUUAUAUUUUUCUGUUCAUUUCUGAUGCUUAAUCUCUUUGUCGCUGUUAUUAUGGACAACUUCGACUACCUCACUCGCGACUCAUCGAUUCUCGGUGCCCAUCAUCUCGACGAGUUUGUGAGAAUAUGGGCUGAAUAUGAUCCAAAUGCAACUGGUAGGAUCCAUUUCACUGAAAUGUAUGAUAUGUUAAAAAAUAUGGAUCCACCCCUUGGAUUUGGUAAUAAAUGUCCAAAUAGACUUGCCUAUAAAAAACUCAUCAGGAUGAAUAUGCCUGUUGAUGAUGAGUGUAAAGUCGCCUUUACAACGACACUCUUUGCCUUGAUUAGAGAAAAUCUCAGUAUCAAAAUGAGAGUCGCUGAAGAGAUGGACCAAGCAGAUGAAGAAUUGAAAGAUACUAUUAGAGCUAUUUGGCCAUUGCAAGCUAAAAGGAUGUUGGACCUUUUGAUACCUAGGAAAGAAGAAUUAUCGAAAGGUAAACUAACUGUUGGUAAAAUCUAUGCUGGCCUGUUGAUCCUCGAGAACUGGAAGACAACGAGGUUUGGUCAAAUAGAACCAGCAGGCGGCCAGGAUCUACAGGAUGUAGUUAGUGAUUCGCGUGUGGGAAGCCUUGAAAGUUUAACGCAUACUGGCGAUCGUCUUCAUUCGCAGCCACUUCAUCCACGACUUCAUUCACGAUCACCGAGCUUAAGGAGACAUUCACCAUUACAUAGAUCACCAUCACCAUCGAGAAGACCAAGGUACGAUCACCAUCAUUCACAAUUUCAUGACGUUGGUUUUAGCGAUACAGUGACCAAUGUCGUGGAAAUUCAACGGCAUAUUCAUCAUCCACACUCACAAUACAAUCAUCGGCAUAAAAGAGACUAUUACGACCACUACGACUAUUAUGACGAUGGUCCAUGGAGCGCGUCAACGAGUCCCGCGCGGUCGCCAAGUCCCGUGCAUCGAAUGGAUCAUGGGCGCCAUCACUACGGAACAACGAGCUUAGAGCAACGUUCUCGUAGCCCGAGUCCAGCGUCACGACGUCAACCAAUUCACCCUCAUCACCACCAUCAUCAUCCUCAUCAGCACAGUUACCCAGUGCUAGUGACUCGUCGCGGGCAAGGACGUCGUUUACCUCCAACGCCCAACAAACCAUCAACAUUACAAUUAAAACCAUCGAACAUUAAUUUUCCAAAACUAAAUGCAUCGCCAACUCACGGUCCACACUUAAUGGGACAUCAUCAAUCAGCACAAUCCUCAAUCCAUCAUAUGGGGCAUUCGGUACCAGGUAAUAUACCACCAUCAGGUCCACCUCAAUGUCCAUUAAGUUUCGAGCAGGCAGUAGCGAUGGGUCGUGGUGGUCGUUUACUACCUAGUCCCGUACCAAACGGUUUCAAACCACAGCAGCAAUCACAAACUGCUGGUGGUUUGUCAUCAAGCAAACAAAGGAUACCACGAACUCGACAUUCAGAUAGCGAUGAAGAUGAUUGGUGCUAGCCAACGUGGGACCCUGGACGGUGGUCCGGUGAUGUUGAUACUUCAUCAAGAGGUCUUUCUGCUUGUGCAUGAAGUAUUACAGCAACCAUUCCAUCAUUUUAUAUAUCUAUAAGACAUAUUAUUAUAAUUGCAAUAAAAAAUUGUCUUAUUUAUAUUUACGACGACCAGAAGGGGUCAU